UGUGCACAUGAUGCCAUUAGUGGACCCUCGGAGGGCUUCAAGCCACACACAAUCAGGAGCAUCGCGAUCUAGUUUGACACAUCACUUGGGUAAAACUGCAAGCUCAGAGCUGCCAAGGACAAAGACUGCUGAAGUAAACAAGUGAAUCUAUCAGAAGAAGGGAGGACUGCUAAAGAAGCUGGGAAAGACAACAAUAAUCACAGAGGGUCACAGACUAAGAGUGGUGGUAAUACUCCAGUCAGCUUUCCUUACCCGGGCAACAAACCCCUUGUUCCUCCUCACGGCCCUGGUGUUGGUAAAGGUGGACCUGGUACUCAGGGGUCUGAGGUGUGGGACCUGAGAAGGCUAGAAGAGGAAAGUGAAGUAGCCUUAGAGCGUCGGCGGCAACAGCUGACGCAAGAGUUGAUGCGUGAGAUGGCUGGUGACUCGCAUCACCAUAUGUCAGCCAUGGAUAAGAAAGUUAGUAACAGUUCCUGGCACAAGCAAAUGCAUGGUCAACAUGGCCAUCGAAGAAGCAUUUCAUCUUCAAGUAGCAGCUCAUCUUCAUCGACUUCCUCGUCAACUUCGUCAUCUUCCAGUUCCUCCUCCACUGACACAUCAGCUCACAGGCCUGGCCACAAGCGGGACACAAAGCGCAAACCAAGACCCAGCAAGAGGGUUGCUCCCACAGGCGACCGCUCUAAGCUUAAGAAGACCAAGUCAGCAUCAUCUUCGAGAAAACAUAGUAGUAGCAAAAGCAGUAAGAAGAGUCAUCCCAGUAAGAAGGACCAUGACAAGGUUAGGAGUCACAAGACUAGCCGUUCACCCACCAGAAGGAAGAGUUCCAUGUCCAAGAAACUUUUGUCUCCUGGACGUAAACGCUCACCUUCUCCCAGUUCGAGAAAGUCGCACAAGAUAUCACCUGGAUCCUCUAAACGAAGUAAGAGCAGAAAGAGGUCACAUUCCCCUAGAGAACGUGUAGAAUACCGAGACAACCGCAUGGCUGUUCCAGAGAGAUCCCUAAGUCAUGGGCGUGACCCUAGCCUUGGAUCUCAUGCGGGUUCAUCACGGAGUCGAGAUCCAAGAGUUGAUGACCGAAUGCGUAGAAUGUCUCCUGAGCAGCUUGGAAGGGACAGAUACAGUAGUAGAGCAGAAUCACCAAGUCGGAGAUAUGAAAAGGAGCGCGGAAUGGAAGAAUAUGUUGAACAGCGCCGAGAACGUCGGUCACCCAUAUCAAGAUCAAGAGAGGUUGAAAGGAAGGAUCCUCAUCGACAUAGAGAUUAUGACAGGCAUGAACGGGAUCAUUAUGAUGAACGAAGACGUGAUGAUCCAAGGAGAGAAGAUCGUGAAAGGGAGCAGUUGAGAGAACGAGAAUUGAGGGAAAGGGAGAUGAGGGAUAGAGAGCUGUUGAAAGAAAGGGAGAGAGUGGAACUGAUGGAGAGGGAACAAGAACGUGAAAGGGAGAGAAUGAGAGAAGUAGAUGACAGGAGAGGACGCUAUGCAAGAGAGCACGAAUUUGCAAGGGAGAGAGAAGUAGUGGUACGUGGUGGUGGCAGGGAGUAUGAAGGAGAAAGAGAGUUCUAUUCACCCAGGGGGCGACCAGAGAUAGAUGCAAGAGUAAUGCCCGUUGAUGAUCGACGAGCUUACGAAGACCCAGCAUAUGAUAGAUAUCAGAGUGAACGUGAACGCAGUCGUUAUGAAGCAGGUCGUGAUCGAUAUGACGAAUUAUCUUUACAUGAUCGUCGAGGACUGCCUCCUAUGGAGGAUCGUCGUUCUGAUCGAAGAGGCCCUCCAAUUGAUACUCGUUUUCCAGAUGAACGCAGAAGAAGUGGAGGUAGCCUUGACCCAAGAGCUCAUGAAGCAUGGGUGGAGGAGCAUCGUGGAAUGGAGCGGUUGGAGAGAGCAGAGCACUUUGCCCCCCAUGUUCCUCCUCGUCAUCGCCACCAACCGGAUUGGGUCGGAGGCCGUCCACCAGCAGCUUGGGAAAGGCAUAAACACCCCAGGCAUGAAGACUGGGGAGAUGAGUAUGGUGUUGCAGUUGGCAGUCGAGGUGGAGAAUGGGGAGAGGAACCUCAUGAGUGGGUAGGGGACCGUCAGGGUCCUUUGCCACCCCAUCAAGAACAAUGGAGUCAUCCCAGAAGGAGCUACAGGGAUGAGUGGGGAGGUAGAGGAAGUGAGUGGGUUGAUCGGGCUCUCCCUGCUUAUUCUGGUGGGCGCGAUUUGGGUCCUCCUGCACCCCAGGGACCUUCAGUUGGAAGGGCAGAUCACAGCCAGCCUCCACCACUAGGACGCAGAACUCGCAGGGAGCAAGUGGAGCAAGUCAUAGACCCACCUCCCUUAGCUGGAUCUUCAAGCCGCCAUCAUCUGCCUCCUAGCAGUGAGGAUGAGGGUAUUGAAAGUGCCUUGGUGCCUCCCAGAGGUGGGGAUGCAGGCACUCCCCCACCCCGGACCAGGACCAGGCACUCAUGCCAGGUAAUGACGGGGAGUUGUGGGAGUAUGAUCCUGGCAGAGGUUCGUGGGUGCGCAGGGCAGCUGAUGCUCCACCAGCGCCUGAAGCUGAGUCACCUCCUAAAAAAGAAAAGUCCUUGUCAGAACCUCCUCAGGAAGCAGAGAGUGAAAAUGGUGGCAAUGCAGAAAUCAAGAAAAGGAGUACACCAGAAGAACCUGUCAUUGAGGAAGUGACAGCCAAGAAACCACGGGUUGAAGCUCCAGCAGAUGUUGAGGAGCCCGAAAACACCCUGCAGGAGAAGGAUACAUUCAGUGACAUCAGUGAUGAUGCUGAUGACAUUCUUAACCAAGAGGUUGGAGGAUACAAUGAUGAUGAUAGUCGUAACUUGAGUUCAAGUCAGUUGGAG